AUGGGGUGCACGUCGCUCGCGGGCAACCUGCUGGCGGGGCCGCUGCUGGAGGCCCUCGGGAUGCGGAGGCGGAUCGGGGCGGCCAUUAGGUACUCGCUCGUGCUGCAGCUCGUGGGCUUCGUGCCCUUCUUCGUGCUCAUGCCUGGGUCCCCGCUGCCCGGCGGGGGGGGCGGCUCGGCCAGCGUGCUCAUCGCGCUGCUGGUCGUGGCCAGCCUGGCCGAGGGGGUCAUGGGGCCGCUGCUGUACGAGCUGGGGGCCGAGCUGACCUACCCGCACGACGAGAGCCUCUCCGGGGCCAUCCUCUCGUGGAUCGCGAACGCGUUCGCCCUGCUCCAGCUCCACGGGCGCUGGGCUGCCGCUUGGGGCCCAACCCCUGGAGUGAGGGAGGGGGGCCGAGCCGAGCGUCUCUGGGCAGAGUUCGCGUCACAUGGCCGGCCCGGGCAGAGGCGGCGAAGCUGUGGACACCAGCCCCGAAGCCGGGGGGUCCCCCCGUGCGGUGUGUGUGUGUGUGUGUGUGUGCGUUGCGGCUUAAUUCGCGUUUCGUGCAUCCCACUUACCCAUCGGUCGUUGAAAGUAGGUAUUUUUGGAUUCCCAGAUUCCUAUCUACUUUCAGCGCCUUCCUACUCCAAGAGUCGAGUGGUUUUCCCUCUUCCUUCCUCUUCAGGAGGCGUGCGGAAACCCAAUCUAUUUCCAACGCCUUCCUACUUCAUGUUUCUACCUACUUCUUCCGACCGAUGGGUACGCCCCAUCGCCAGCGCAGUGGCUCUGCCUAGCCGCCGACGGAAAAGUGUGUGUGUGUGUGAGUGGGUGCGUGCGUGCGUGCGUGCGUGCGUGCGUGCGUGCGUGCGUGCUUGUGUGUGUGUGUGUGUGUGUGUGUGUGUGUGUGUGUGUGUGUGUGUGUGUGUGUGUGGGCUCCCCCCUUCCGUGUGCCCCUGGGCCGAGAUCGAAGGAGGGAGAGAGGGACGGAGGGCGAGGAGGGAGGGAGGGAGGGGGGAUAUUGGAUCGGCACGAACGAAAUUGGUACGGAAAGAAUCGGUACAAUGCCCAACAUCAGCUCCUGUUCAUUUUGAGCUGGACUCGUUGCCCACGCCGCCGCGGCCUGUGUCCAUUCGAGACAGAAGGCCGCCUGCCCAACAGCGGCCGCUGUUGGUUUGGGACAACAUGUGUUGUUGGGCAUUGUACCCAUUUUUCCGUACCCAUUUCGGGCGUCCACAAUGGAGGGAGGGAGGGACGGAGGAUAGAGAAUGA